CUUUAAAUAUGAAAGUGAAGGCCGUGAUAAGGUAGGUUUUAACUCCGAUCCCCGUUUCUUUCCUAAUUAUUUUCGAGUAUUGUGGGGCAUAUUCAACCUGAGAUAUAGCAGAGGAAGCCUAGUAAGAGUAGAAUAAACCCUGAGCAAUAUGUGUUUCCUCAUCAUAAGAGUACAAGUUCUCUUUCAGGAGUUGGGGUGAGCAAUCUCGCAAAUGCAAAGAGUAUAUCGACCCUCUCACCAGCAAUGAGUGGAUUCUAUCAAUUACAAAAUUUCAAACAGUUAGCAAAAUUUAAUAAAUUGUCUGGGAAAGUCUCUUCUAAAGGGAAGGUUACCUCUAAGAGAAAAAGUGGGAAGUUCAAGAGUAUAUCAAAGGGAUUUGAAGAAAAUAAUUACAAAACCAGCAAGAAUAAAGGCAGUAAUGAAAGACAAGGGCUUAAAAUAGCUUCAAGGAACACUUUCUUGGCGAAACUAGCAGAUCAGCAUAAUAAUAGCUCACUUGAAGAGUAUAAUAUGAAGGGCAAGAUGUCGGCGGCUAAGAUGAUUGGUCACAGAAGAGAAAAUACAAAGAAUGCUCAUUUGUCGAUCGGGAAUUAUGUACCCAAUCUGGAAGAUAAUAGCUCAUCCCCAAUAGCUAAGAAACCUAAAUAUACCCGGAAUAAAUUGAAGAAAUAUGCAACUAAUCUUGGGUUAGGAUCAUCACGAAAUAAUGCAAGUGGGGGUAUACUUGCAAAUGGUUCAAUUCCUAAAACUUAUAAAAGAAGUAUGAAGGAGAGUCAAAAAGUUGAAGAGAAGAAAAAGCUGAAAUCAACCCUCAAUUACAAGUCUAAUAGAAGGUUGUCUAAUAAAUCAGAGAUUGGAUUGAAAGGGAGUAAUGGACAAAGUUCAGAUUUUGGCUUCUGCCAAACCACCACAGCCAUAGACAAAUUCAAGAUGAAGAGUUUUGAAAAACCAUCUAAGGCAAAUAUGAUGUUUAUGAGUAAUAAUAACCAUAUAAUGACUGUGAAAAAUCAAAGAUGUCAGAUUGAAGGAAUAUUUAAUUCUGGGAGAAAGAAGGGAGCUUCUAAUAGAAAAUAUAUCAAUAACUAUCAAGGAAUCGCUUCAAAUGAUUGAAAUGACCUUCUUUCAACUACAACUGACCGUAUCGAGUCAAAUAGGACUAUAAAGAAUAGAGGUGGACUAAAUGCAGAAAGUCAUAGAGAUAUCCAAGAGAGGAAAGCUCUUCAGAAAAUUCAAGAGACGCUUGAAAGGGAAUAUAAAUUUUACCAAGUUUCAAUUAAGACGAAGGAUCAGUCCCAAGAGAAGGUCCCUGAAAUUCUCUUGCGAGAUGCCUCAAACGAUACAAUUAAGAAGUUAUGCAAGAUAUAUCCUCAAUUCUCUACUAUCCUGGCACAGAUUGGGAACUGAUAUAACGACUGUAUUGAUACAGCCAUUUCUGAUUUUGAAAUGAAAGAUCAGGAGAUAAAGAAAUGGAGAAAAGAAGCCAUGGACUUGAACAAGAAAAUAGGAGAGUUUAUCAGACAAUCUGACACUAAAGAUCAGAAAAUAGUUGAUCUCUCUAAAGAGAUCACUAAACUUAAAAGACAGCACAGAGAUAGUGAGAUUCAAGUACGAAGACUUGAAGAAUAUGCUCAAGAAAUGCAGUCUAAGGCCCAUUCACUUUUUGGGAGGUAUGACCAAGAGAAGGUUCUUACAGAAAUAAAGCAGCUUAUAAAGGAAAAUGAGGAUGUCAAGUGCAUUGCAAGGGAGCUUAAGAGCGAAAUCGAGUACGGCAAGCAAAGAGAGAACAAGUUGAUGUACUUCUUGUUUCUCAUGCAGCAGAAAAAUUACCCAGUGUUUGAUAUCUUUGAAAAGCAUAUUAAAGAUCUUCCCACAUCCAGGUUCUCAACCAAUCUGGAUGACAAGUUUAAGGAGAUUUAUAUUGAACAGAAGAAAAAGAUGAAGGAAAUGGGGCUCAUUGGCGACUUUGACUUUGCUUGCACUGCUAGGGCUCAAAAAUUAGGAAAGCUAGACAAGCAAACGGAAAUGUCAAUAUUUAGUGAAGAAAGUUUCGAGCCCAUAAAUGGUGGCCCUGCUCCUCUGGUGUCGAAACCACUGAACGUGCCAGCUUUAGACUUUGGCUUAAUGAACGAGAACCUUGCAAAGGAAAGAAUGAAAACGAAAAAUAAAGAAAAUAAGAAGAAAAAGAGGAAACUAGGAGGAUCUGAUCCUGGAAGGCUUAGCCAGAGUGAGCAUGGCUCUUCCCUUUUUAAAAACAUGGUAGACGAGAUUGACCACAACAAGUAUGGAAGAAAUUUAGAAUACUUUGAGGAUGAAGAAGAAUAUAAACAAGGCAUGAAAAAUUACCCCCAGAAUUACGACUGUAGAGUAAAUAGCGACGAAGAGAGCAGCCCUUGAAGCUGAUCUUACUGCCUCAGAAAGGAAGGUAGCAAAGGAGGUCUUGAGGAAUUGAUAAAGAGAAAUGAUCUUGAGCCAGAUUCUGAUGAGUCACUGAGUUUCCAUAGCUCGAUUCUACACGAAAAUAAAGGUGAUAAGUAUAAGAAUAUCAGAGAAAUAAGGAGGCUCUAUGAAGUUAUGAAGGAUCCAGAGGAUGCUUAAAGAAGCAAACAAUAAUUUAGAUAAA